AUGGGUUAUCACCCCAAAUACCCCACCCCGUCCGGCUGGAGCCCCCCCGCAGGGGCCCCCCCGGACCUGCCCUACUCGGUGCGGCGCUCGCGGCUGCACAACCUGCCCGUGUACCUGGGGCUGCGGCAGGGCCGGCGCCUCACGGAGCUGCGCCGCAUCCACGGCGACAUCUGGUUACCCCCGGGGGGUGCUAAUUACCCCCGGGGGGUGCUAAUUCCCGCAGGGGCCCCCCCGGACCUGCCCUACUCGGUGCGGCGCUCGCGGCUGCACAACCUGCCCGUGUACCUGGGGCUGCGGCAGGGCCGGCGCCUCACGGAGCUGCGCCGCAUCCACGGCGACAUCUGGGCGCUGGAGCGGGACCUGAGGGCGUUCCUGGGCUCGCUGGGGGUCCCCGAGGCGGCGGCGCAGGUGAACGAGGUGACGGGGACGCUGCGGCUCAGGGGGCACUGGGGGCCGCAGGUGCGGCAGUGGCUGCUCCAGAGGGGCUUCUAGAGACCCCCCAGAGCCGCGGGGGACCCCCACAUCGGCAGGGGGGCACCCCGACAUCGGCACGGGGGACCCCCGAGUCUGCAAGGGAUCGGCUGUGGGAGCAGCUGGAGCAGCACGGAAUGGAGCCCGGACAGCGAAAAACGUCUGCUGGGGGCACCCCAAAAUCCACCUGGGCACCCCAAAAUCUGUUUGGGGCUCCUCCAGAUCCACCUGGGCACCCCAAAAUCUGUUUGAGAAACCUUCAGAUCCACCUGGACACCCCAAAAUCCACGUGAAGCACCUCAAAAUCCAUUUGGGGCUCGUCCAAAUCCACCUGGGCACCCCAAAAUCUGUUUGAGGAACCUUCAAAAUCCACCUGGAGCACCUCAAAAUCCAUUUGGGGCUCGUCCAAAUCCACCUGGGCACCCCAAAAUCUGUUUGAGGAACCUUCAGAUCCACCUGGGCACCCCAAAAUCUGUUUGAGGAACCUUCAGAUCCACCUGGACACCCCAAAAUCUGUUUGAGGAACCUUCAAAAUCCACCUGGGCACCCCAAAAUCCACGUGGAGCACCUCAAAAUCCAUUUGGGGCUCGUCCAAAUCCAGCUGGGCACCCCAAAAUCUGUUUGGGGCUCCUCCAGAUCCACCUGGGCACCCCAAAAUCUGUUUGAGGAACCUUCAGAUCCACCUGGGCACCCCAAAAUCUGUUUGAGGAACCUUCAAAAUCCACCUGGGCACCCCAAAAUCCACGUGGAGCACCUCAAAAUCCAUUUGGGGCUCGUCCAAAUCCAGCUGGGCACCCCAAAAUCUGUUUGAGGAACCUUCAGAUCCACCUGGACACCCCAAAAUCUGUUUGAGGAACCUUCAAAAUCCACCUGGGCACCCCAAAAUCCACGUGGAGCACCUCAAAAUCCAUUUGGGGCUCGUCCAAAUCCAGCUGGGCACCCCAAAAUCUGUUUGGGGCUCCUCCAGAUCCACCUGGGCACCCCAAAAUCUGUUUGAGGAACCUUCAAAAUCCACCUGGGCACCCCAAAAUCCACGUGGAGCACCUCAAAAUCCAUUUGGGGCUCGUCCAAAUCCAGCUGGGCACCCCAAAAUCUGUUUGGGGCUCCUCCAGAUCCACCUGGGCACCCCAAAAUCUGUUUGAGGAACCUUCAAAAUCCACCUGGGCACCCCAAAAUCCACGUGGAGCACCUCAAAAUCCAUUUGGGGCUCGUCCAAAUCCAGCUGGGCACCCCAAAAUCUGUUUGGGGCUCCUCCAGAUCCACCUGGGCACCCCAAAAUCUGUUUGAGAAACCUUCAGAUCCACCUGGACACCCCAAAAUCCACGUGAAGCACCUCAAAAUCCAUUUGGGGCUCGUCC